AUGGGGGUCAGACACAUUUCGCUGUUGCUAGCCAACAUUCUUCUUCCUAUUGCCGUGAUCCUCUUUGGUAGUGGGCUUUUCUCGUCUGAGCCACCUGGGACUAUCACACCAUAUGCGUACAAGGAGAAGGCACCACCACCCUUUGAUAAGGUGGUGUUCAUGGUGAUUGAUGCUCUUCGAAGCGACUUUGUAUACUCCAAUCAAUCCGGUUUCGAGUUUACCCAAAGUCUGAUCAGGUCGGGCUCGGCCAUUCCAUUUACGGCGCAUGCAAGCCCUCCGAGUCUUACUAUCUCGUGCAUCAAAGCAAUGACAAUUGGGUCAAACCCAUCUUUUCUAGAUGUCGCGCUCAAUAUUGCCGACAAUGAUGAUGCAUCUGAUCUUUCUAGUGAAGACACCUGGCUUUCAAGGCUUAAAGCCACCUUUCGUGGAAAGAUAAUAUUCUACGGCGAAAACACGUGGUUGCAGCUGUACCCGGACGUUUUUGACCGGAGCGAGGGUGUUGACGCAUUUUUUGUCCCGGACUUUACUGAAGUCGACAAUAAUGUCACGAUUCAUGUCUCUCCACAAUUAACUCGUGAAGACUGGUCCGCACUGGUCUUUCACUUCCCAGGAAUGGACCAUGUCGGCCAUACCGGAGGACCAGAAAGUAGUCCCUAUAUGCUUCCAAAGCAACAAGAGAUGGACACUAUUAUCCAUGAGAUAUAUACAGCCAUCGAAUCCCAGCCUCAUCUCAGUUCGACCCUCUUCGUCGUAGCUGGUGACCAUGGCAUGAACCAACAAGGGAAUCAUGGUGGAUCAUCCGCGGGUGAAGUAUCCCCGGGGAUGCUCCUGAUUUCUCCUAAUUUGAAAUCGCUCCCUAAUGACAGAAAAGCUCCAACUACCCCUCAUGGCACUGCAUUUGACUUUUACUCUAUCAUAAAACAACCUGAUAUCGUCCCGACGCUGGCCGGUCUGCUCGGUUUCCGAAUCCCUAGCAAGAGCGUGGGGGUGUUCAUGCCGCAACUCCUCUCCCUUUGGAAAGAUCCGUCUGAUCGUGUACGGUUAUUAUUGGAGAACGCUCAUCAACUACUGAAUGUUAGGGGAUAUCAUGUCGAUCACCCGCGUCAUAUCGCUCUUCAAAGAAUUGAAGAUCGAAUUGUUUCGGAUCCGAGCUCAGCGGAAGCCUUAUCGGAAUUAUACCAGUGGUGUAAUCAAAUGCAGAACUCAUUGGGCAUGGCAGCUGGGAGUCUGAACUUCCGUCUGCUCUCCGCAGGCCUCUUGAGCGCAGUCGGCGCUAGCAUCUUAUGCCUCCAAGGCCUCUCCAAUGGGCACCUCGAAGUCAAACAUCUGAUUGUGUCGGUGGUAUUCGCCGCAGUCUACACGGGAGUUAUGCUUUCCGAGAAAUAUGUGAAGCAAGAACAUAAUUUCUGGUACCCGGUCUCUCUGAUCUGGUUUGGCUAUCUUGGCUACUUUAAGUACGAGGACUGCAGUCCUUUCAGUCGUGCUCUCCCAGUCCUGGUGCAAUUUUUGGGGUUGUCCUGGACGCAAAGUGGAGAUGCAACUGAUAUGCUGCCCGAAAUAUUUCAGACGUUCCUUUCCCGGUACCCCCUGAUCCUCUGGAUAAUGUUGAGCUAUGCUUAUAUAUCGACUGCCGUUCGGCUGGAUGAAUCGGUGGGAAGUGCAGGUGGCCUCACCAUCAUUUCCAAAAUAUUGGCUACAACUCUCGGAGUCCUACCACUCUUGCUCAAGUUUGGGUCUGCUGCUCUCAACACCCCUGAUCUAGUUACAUUCACCUCUCCGAGGGUGCUUUCCUGGCUAGCACAGGUCAAUUUGAACUCUAUUGCCAAAGUGAUUUUCUCAUUAUUGGCCGCCACUCUGGUUUACUUGCUUGCUCGAAAGGGCAACUACAACCGAACAAAAGGUAGAGGCUGUUGUGGUCACUUUGUUUUCUCGUGCUCAUUUCGUACAGAUCUUGCCGGAAUUCAUCAUAUUCUCGCCCUUUAUCUCAUGACGCAGUCCAGACCUAGGAACAUUCCUUUGUUUCUGAUUUUCCAAUGGCAGCUGGAAUGGUUGAUUUCAGCGCACUCAACUUAUCCUGUCUUGGAAACUGCAUUGUCCACUAUCAUCAUGUCUCAAAGCUCCUUCUUUGCCUUUGGUGGUAGCAACACCAUCGCUUCGGUUGAUUUGACAAAUGGCUACAAUGGUGUCACAUCUUACAACUCGAUUGCGGUCGUGCUGCAGACGCUUUUCGCUAAUUGGGCAGGUCCUAUCUGGUGGGCCUGGGCGGGAAUGAGGCUGUUAGAGGUCACCAUUCACGACAGACCAUUCCAAGUUCUAUCUCCGAAGAAAAGCGAUCAGGGAGACAAAAGGAGCGUCGCAAAAACCAGUUCAAAAUUGAUGGCUUAUUUGGCUGGUCAGACACUGUUUACUUCCAUCAGUCUUGCUGCUGUCAUGGUUGCAUGUGUUGUACUUCGGGAUACACUCAUGAUUUGGACAGCCUUGGCGCCCAAGUAUAUUUUCGCCGGCUUAUGGGUGGUCUUCUAUCACGUGCUUGUCACCGUUGGACUAUUUGGCGCUGUUGGAAAAGCGGUACUUGGGAGGUGA